UGUGCUGUGUCCCUCGGACACAGCGAAUCACCGAUCACGGAAAGAGCCGAAGAUGUCGGCUCGGUCAUGUGAUCAACUGUGUCCAAUCACAGCUGAUCACACGGCACUGAUGAUCAGUGUGCCCUGAUGAUCAGUGUAGCCCCAGCAGUGCCAGCUGUCAGUGUCCAUCAGUGCCUUGUGUCAGUGCUCAUCAGUGCCUCGUGCCAGUGCCCAUCAGUGCCACAUAUCAGUCCCUACCAGUGCACAUCAAUGCCACAUAUCAGUGCCCAUCUGAGCUGCCUUUCAGUGUCACCCAUCAGUGUCAGUCAGUGCCGCCUAUCAGUGCCGCUAUCAGUGCCAGUCAGUGCCACCUAUCAGUGC